AUGUCGGGUGAAGAAAAAAAACUUGAGAACAUGCAUGGACCACAAGAUGUCAAGAACAUUAGGAAGCUUCGCUUAUUGCCUGAUGAUGUGCCUUACUAUUUGUUAUAUUUGUACCCUUUUGUUGCAGGAAGUACUCUGAGCUGGUGGCCUUAUGCGCUUGCAGUAUUGGUCAUUUUCACUGUGGUGACUAUGUAUGCUGUGGUUGUAACUGAGGGUUGUAGAAAAAUCAAAUUACAAUAUUAUGGAUUUAAGCUAGCUUCUAGCUCAAGACAAGGCGAGGUGGAACCAUAUAUCCCAUUCAAUAUUAAUCCAUCCGGAAUGCAGCCUAUACUCACUACCACCUAUCUCUUGGCAGUUCCGAGCAUUCUUGCAGGUCUUCUUGGCUCGCCUGUUUGGGAAUAUAUAAAACAGAUGCUUAAUCCUGAAACAUCUACUGGAGCAGGGCCAUGGGUUUACUAUACAAUUUAUUCGUUCUUUGUCUUCGUAUUCAACAUAUUUGACAUUGCCAACAUGCCAAAGGAGAUUUCUGAUUACUUGAAUAAGAUGGGUGCCAGAAUACCGAAGAUAAAGCCCACCAUUGAAUAUUUAACGAAGGUCCAAGCUUCUACUCGUUUUUGGGGAGGUCUGUUGCUUGCCACUCUGGCAACUACUUCUAGCAUUCUUGAUCAUUAUUUACGGAGCAUUAAUUUGGGAUUCUCAAUAAGUUUUACAUCAGUAUUAAUCAUUGUUGGUUCCAUCAUUGAGUUGAGAAGAUCUUAUCAAGCAUAUAAUGUUAUGCCUAGUUUAAGCAAAGCUUUAAAAAGAUAUGGUGUAUAACAUCUGGAGACAGUCUAUCAAUUUUGUAUCAAGAAACCCUCUAUAAACGGACUGAUACGGAUCAUCAUCACAGAGAUAUAACCGAAGGUGAAGAGUCCAAGUCCUGCAUGUUAAGAAACUAUGGGGUGUACUUUCGCCAAUAGAUCCCGUUGAGUAAGGUUACACCUAGUUCCCUACCCGACACCAGGAGGCUACGAAAGGAUGAGACCCAUUCUUGAUUGUCUGUUAUGCCAUAAUGAUCUAGUCUUGCUUCAGUUAGUAACAAAGAUGAGCUCUGCAUAUUCUGUAUAGGUAGAAAUAGUAUUUGUUACCCUAAAUGUAUUACUGUCUGUUGAAUGUUAAUUGCAUUUAGUAUCUAUGUAUCUACCCUUCUUUCAGUUUUAUGAGGUAGUCAAGUCGAGAAACUAAUGUUUACACAGACUACCUUUGUUUAGUAAAGCAUCUUGGUUUCUAUA